UGAGUCAGGUCGAUUUAGUCGUAUUCGACGUACCGAAGCAACAAUGAAGAGGUCAUUUUUUUGAAUAGCAUCUGAUCCAUGGGUAGUGAAAAGGAAUCAGAGUAAAGGUUAACGGAAUACGGAUUAAGGAAAAUACAUAAAAGGGUUUCUGUUGGGAUUGGGAUCCAACACAGACAAACGUGCCAAGAUGAGGACGAGGGUUUUGGUGGUUUACAGUGUGUUCCUGUUGAUCCAGUUUUGGCGUGGUGAGGCCGAGACGUUCUCGGUGGAUGGAAAAGUUUUGAUUUUGGACGAAUCCAACUUCGAUUCCGCCAUAGCCUCCUUCGAUCACAUCUUGGUUGACUUUUACGCUCCCUGGUGUGGCCACUGCAAGCGUCUAUCUCCCGAGUUAGAUGCGGCUGCUCCUGUACUUGCAGCCUUGAAGGAACCCAUAGUCAUAGCAAAAGUAGAUGCAGACAAGCAUACCGGCCUUGCGAAAAAACAUGAUGUUGAUGCAUACCCGACCAUUUUGCUGUUUAAUCAUGGUGUCCCCACAGAAUACCGUGGACCAAGGAAGGCAGAUUUACUUGUUCGGUAUCUGAAGAAAUUUGCUGCUUCUGAUGUUUCCAUUCUGGAUUCAGAUUCUGCUGUGAAUACAUUUGUUGAAGAAGCUGGCCCUUUUUUUCCGAUUUUUAUAGGUUUUGGGUUGAACAAUUCAGUUAUAGAAAAUUUUGGCAUAAAGUACAAGAAAAAUGCAUGGUUUUCUGUGGCAAAGGAUUUUUCAGAGGAUCUCAUGGUAUUGUAUGACUUUGAUAAGAUUCCUGCAUUGGUUUCCCUUAAUCAACAGUAUAAUGAGCGGAACACAUUCUAUGGACCCUUUGAAGAGGAGUUUUUGGAAGAUUUUGUAAGACAAAACCUGAUUCCUUUGGUUGUGCCUGUAUCCCCUGAAACACUUAAGUUGGUGAAAGCUGAUGGUAGGAAAAUAGUUUUGACAAUUGUUGAGGAUGAAGAUGAAGAAAGAUCAAAAGAACUGAUCAAGUUAUUGAAGGCUGCUGCAUCUGCGAAUCGUGACUUAAUAUUUGGUUACCUCGGAGUUAACCAGCUGGAAGAAUUUGCUGAAAAAUUUGAUAUUGACACCAAACUACCCAAAAUGGUCAUUUGGGAUAAAAGUGAUGAAUACCUUACAGUUGUUGAUUCAGAAAGCAUUGAGGGGGAGGAUCAAGGAACUCAAAUCAGUAAAUUUCUAGAAGGAUACAGGGAAGGAAGAAUUGUAAAGAAAUCAUUUAGUGGGCCUUCACUAAUGCGAUUCAUCCGUCGGUCUUUUGACAUUAGGAUGGUGUACAUCGUUGUUUUUGUGGUGGCAGUGCUGAUGCUUAUUCAGAGCUUCAGUAAAGGAGGUGAUGAAUAUCAAAGUGUACCAAAUCAAGUUCAAACUGAUCAUGCAAGCAGUUCUGUUUCAGAAGUUGAAAGCAAAGAGUAUAAACCAGGUGACAAGGAAGACUAAAUUGACAAAUAAAAUGAUAAUCAGUGAACUUGAUCAGGGUUAUUAUAGAAAUAGCUGGCUUUAGAAUUAUUACCGUACCUAUUGGUAUGUGUAAAUAUAUUUUGAGUUUGUGUAUCUCCAUAAUUUUGACUACUGUCUAAACUCUUACAUUUCAUUUGCACGUUUUCACUAGUUAUUUCUUAACAUGAAAAAGGAUUAUUUAUUACUUUAAAGAUG